CCAUAUCAUCUUUUUACCGUUAUAUACUGCCUCCCCCACGACCCUCAUUGUUUCUUCUUCUAAUUAUUAAAGCCAGACACACACAGAGCUCACUCUUCCUCCAUGGCUUCUUCACUCCUCUUCUUCCUUUCUUUCCUCUUACAGGUUCUUUGCCUCGCCAAUUCGCAGUCAUUCAUCGGAGUAAACUAUGGCCAAGUCGCCGAUAACCUCCCUCCGCCGUCGACCACGUCGAAGCUCCUGCAGUCGACCAGUAUCGAGAGAAUUAGGCUCUACGGCGCAGAUCCGGCUAUUAUUAAGGCGCUAGCGAACACCGGUAUCGGUAUCGUUAUCGGUGCCGCAAACGGAGAGAUACCGAAUUUGGCGUCCGAUCCGAACUCGGCGACUCAGUGGGUCAACUCGAAUGUUCUGGCUUACUAUCCUUCGAGCAACGUCGCGCUUAUCACCGUUGGCAACGAGGUAUUGAUGUCCAAUGACCAGGCAUUGAUCUCUCAGCUCUUGCCGGCGAUGCAAAAUGUCCAAAGGGCCAUUGCGGCUGCCUCACUCGGCGGGAAAGUUAAGGUCUCCACCGUGCACUCCAUGACCGUUUUGGCUCAGUCCGACCCGCCGUCUUCUGGUUUAUUCAAAACGUCAUAUCAGGACGUGUUGAAGGGAUUAUUACAGUUCCAAAGAGACAAUGGCUCCCCCUUUGCUGUCAACCCGUACCCGUUUUUCGCUUACCAAAGCGAUCCGAGGCCCGAGACCUUGGCUUUUUGCCUUUUCCAACCCAACUCAGGACGAGUCGACUCGGGGAAUGGCAUCAAGUACAUGAACAUGUUCGAUGCUCAGGUUGAUGCUGUACAUUCUGCCCUGAAUGCUAUGGGAUUCAAAGACAUCGAUAUUGUGGUAGCUGAGACCGGUUGGCCUUACAAAGGAGACCCUAAUGAAGUUGGACCCAGUGUAGAGAAUGCAAAGGGAUAUAAUGGAAAUUUAAUUGCUCAUCUUAGAUCAAUGGUCGGUACCCCUCUAAUGCCUGGAAAAUCUGUGGAGACUUAUAUCUUUGCGCUAUAUGAUGAGAAUUUGAAACCUGGUCCUGCCUCUGAGAGGGCAUUUGGACUCUUCAGACCGGACCUUACGAUGACAUAUGAUGCCGGUUUGUCAAAGAGUAGCCAGAAUCAAUCAACUCCAACGGCACCGGUGACACCAGUAGCCCCAAAACCAACAACAACAGGUUGGUGUCUCCCCAAGGCAGAUGUUUCAGAUGCUCAGUUACAGGCAAAUCUAGACUAUGCAUGUAGCCACGGCAUUGAUUGCGGCCCAAUUCAACCAAAUGGGGCCUGUUUUGAACCAAAUAAUGUGCAAUCACAUGCUGCUUAUGCCAUGAACCUCUACUAUCAAACCUCCGACAAGAAUCCAUGGAACUGUGAUUUCUCCCAAACGGCUACAAUCUCUUCUGCAAAUCCGAGCUAUAAUACUUGUAUCUACCCUGGUGGGAGCACCUGAAUCGGCUGAGUUAUUACAUUUGAUAUAUUGAAAUGAGGGAAGGUCAGUGAAUAGCUAAAUAAAGGAGUGCAGGUGUGGUGCCAGUCUUGUGAAUCAAUAUAAGCCUCAAUUGUAAAGGUUUCCACUAAUAUAUAUUCCAGUUCAUAAUGCUAGGGUAGCUUAUAUAAGGUAGCAACUGUAUUGAAGAAACUCCUGUGGUUUCUAUUUAUAUAUGUAUCUGUGUGAUUGCAUCACUGCAAGCUAGCUCUGUACCGUCUUUGUCAGCAAUUAUGCUCCAGACUCCAGAGUAAAUAAAUAGUAUUGCAAGGCUAUUGGGUUGGAAUCCUAAAAUUCUACUGCGAAUUUCUCUUA